UAUGUAUUAUGCUAGUAGGCUAUGAUUAUAUGACAGAAUAAUAAAUCAGAUUACUGCAGACAUUCAAAGAGUACGGAAGUCUAUAUGAUUACGAGGUAUCACAUCUGGCGGACGAGGAUAAAUUCUUUUGAAUCAGGUCACCACGAAUAAAGCCGAACGAAACGCAAAUUUGGAAUUUUUUCUGGAGAAUUUGAAAUAGAUUGAACAAAUUGAAACAGAAACAUAUUAUUUGAUCAGGUAUUUGCUUUCGGGUGUGAAAUAUUAAGUAGAAUACUGCUCCGGCAGGACACACUGCUUCUGCAGGACACACUGCUUCGGCAGGACAAACUACUUCGGUAGGACACUCCGCUGCCAAGUGCAGGGAAAGGCGUAAAAGCCAGGAACAUGAAUAGCGAUAAUCAGAACGCAUUGCAACUGACACCGACACACAAAACCAGAAUUGUUUGAAAAAUAACAAUUUAGUGCUUCCAUAGCAACCAUUUCUAUGUGUAAUUUUCGAAUUUUCAGCGUAAGAAUGGAAGCUUGGAACAUAUGCCCGUUGUUCAACCAUCUUCCGGAGACACAGACUCGGACAGAAUGGUUGCGUUGGAAACGAAACUUCGAAGUAAUUGUGGCCGCUAGCGAGGAGAAGAAUUCUACCAAAAUCAAGAACAUUCUUCUUGCCAAAGGAGGUCUAGAACUUCAAGACUUAUUCUAUUCAAUUGAUGGAGCUGAUGUGGUGGAAGAUAUUGAAAAAGGAGUUGACCCGUACAAGAUAGCCAUAGCCAAGUUGGAUGGACAUUUCGUUCCGAAGCAGCACGAUUCUUUUGAGCGGAACGAGUUUUGCCAACUAUCACCGGCCACUACUAAUGAAGGAAAGCGCGAACCACUGGGGAAAUUUUUGAUGCGUUGUGCGGACCAAGCGAAGAGGUGUAAUUUUGGAAAGACGGAGGCUGAAAGUCGUGAAUUGCGGAUCGUGGACAAAGUAAUUUAUCAUGCUCCGGCCGAAUUGAGAGAGAGGUUGUUGCAGAAAGAGAAACUGAAUUUGGCACAGCUGACACGCAUUGUAAAUUCGUUUGAAUCGAUCAAGACUCAAUCAAAAGCGAUUGAAAACACAGGAUUAGGUGAUGCAUCAGCGUCCACAGUUUCGGAUCAGGCUACGCGGAUCAAUAAGCUAAAUACUACGGCCAAUCGUUAUGGUAGCACGUGUUUCCGUUGCGGUCAGCAGAGUCAUUAUGGAAACGAUCGCGAAUGCCCAGCGCGUGGAAGGAAAUGUGAGAAGUGCCACAAAAUAGGACAUUAUGCUAAAGUAUGUCGAUCAGGAGCAGCAUUCAAACGACGUUAUGAAGGAUCAAAUUUUGGCCAUCCAGAUAAACGAAGGAAAUUUGGGAAUGUACGUGCGAUUGUAGCCGAAGAAAACCUGGAGCAGGCUGAACCUGAAAGUUUUAUUUUCAAUAUUGGCGAUGGAGACGAAUACCUGUGGACAAAAGUCGGAGGUGUGCUGAUACAGGUCCUCAUAGAUUCGGGAAGUUCAAAGAACAUAAUUGAUGAUAAAACUUGGCAAUAUAUGAAGCUGCAUGGCGUCAAGAGUUGUAUACCGUUCAAUGUUCCUAAUACAGUCCUGAGAGGAUAUGGUCCUGAAGCUAAGCCGCUAGAAAUCGUUGAUGUAUUUGAAGCAUAUGUGGAAGUGGAUGCCACGGAAAGAAAACUUGGAACAAAUGCAAUGUUUUACGUCAUCAAGGGCGGACAGCAUUCUCUUCUUGGGAAAGAAACAGCCAAAUCUCUCGGAGUGUUGAAAAUCGGAUUACCAAAUCAAAUCAACUCGCUGUCAUCCGUGGAGAAACGAUCAUUUCCGAAAAUGAAAAAUGUACAAGUGAGGAUUCCAGUAAAUCGAAAUUUCACGCCGAUUGCUCAACAAGUUCGUCGACCUCCGAUAGCCCUACUCAGUAAAAUUGAAGAUAAAUUGGAUCAACUUUUAACCAUGGAUAUCAUUGAGCCAGUAUCAGGUCCUGCUGAAUGGGUUUCACCACUUGUCAUCAUCGUAAAGGAUAACGGUGAUUUGCGUCUAUGUGUAGACAUGCGCCGUGCAAAUCAAGCGAUCCAGAGAGAACGCCACAUUAUGCCAACAUUCGAAGAUUUUCUGCCCCGGUUCAAAUCGGCCCGGUUUUUCACUCGACUAGACAUUAAGGAUGCAUUUCACCAGAUUGAAUUGGAAGAAUCAUCUAGAUAUAUAACAACAUUCAUAUGCCACAAGGGCCUAUUUCGAUAUAAAAGGUUAAUGUUUGGCAUAUCAUGCGCUCCGGAAAUGUUCCAAAAGGUUAUGGAGCAUAUUUUGGCAGAAUGCGAAAAUGUUGUGAAUUUUAUUGAUGAUAUAAUGGUGUUCGGCGCCACUGAAAAGGAACAUGAUGAUGCAUUGAGGAAAGUCCUAGCAGUAUUAAAAAGUCGGAAUGUUCUAUUAAAUAAGGACAAAUGCAUUUUCAAAGUCAGGCAGGUUGAGUUUCUUGGACAUUCGAUGUCAUCGGAAGGAGUUCGUCCAAUGGUUAGUAAGAUUGAAGCAUUACAAAGAUUUCGAGAACCGAAAACAUCAGAAGAGGUCAGAAGUUUUCUCGGUCUAGUAACCUAUGUAGGAAAAUUCAUUCCUGACUUAGCCACAAUAACAGAACCACUUCGGCAGUUGAUAUGUAAAGAUAACAAGUUUUGUUGGGAAGUUGAGCAUCAGAAAAGUUUUGAGCACCUCAAAAACCUCAUAGCCAAUGUGCAGACGUUGUCCUUCUUUGAUAAUUUAUUAAGGACUCGAGUGAUAGCGGAUGCUUCACCGGUGGCUUUAGGGGCAGUGCUUGUAUGUACAAUUUGAAGGAAAAACGGAUUGUAAUCCUCGCAUUAUCAGCUUUGCAAGUAAAAGCUUAACUGAGACAGAGAAGAGGUACUGCCAAACGGAGAAAGAGGCCUUAGCAUUGGUAUGGGCCGUAGAAAAGUUUUCAAUAUACCUAAUUGGUCGGGAAUUUGAGCUAGAAACAGACCACAAGCCAUUGGAAAUUAUAUUUUCACCUACCUCUAAGCCCUGUGCCAGGAUUGAACGAUGGGUGCUGAGGCUUCAAUCAUUCAAGUUCAUUGUAAAAUACAGGAAAGGUUCAGGAAACAUUGCGGAUUCAUUAUCGCGCCUUGUAACCGAAGACAAAUCAGUUGAAUUUGAAACCGACAAUCAUUUCUUAGUGCUCGCUGUUCAAGAAUCGGCUGCGAUUGAUGUAAGUGAGAUUGAAACUGUAUCCAAAUGUGACCCUGAGCUCAAAGCAGUGAAGGAAUGUUUAGAAUCAGGGAAUUGGAAUAAUUCGGCAGCAAAAUCAUUCGAACCGUUCAGGAACGAGCUUGGCAUGAUAGAAGAUACUAUUGUACGCGGAAAUAAAUUAGUUGUGCCACAAGGACUGCGACCCAGGAUGCUACAACUUGCGCAUGAAGGUCAUCCAGGAGAAUCAAUCAUGAAGAAACGAUUGAGAGACCGAGCUUGGUGGCCAGCAAUGGAUCGCGAAGCUAAAGAUUUUGUAGCUAAGUGUGAAGGAUGUCAACUGAUAGGACUACCAAGCAAACCACUUCCAAUGAAUCGAAGAGAACUUCCUACAAAACCAUGGAUCGAUGUCGCUAUUGAUUUUAUGGGACCACUGCCUUCAGGAGAAUACUUGCUAGUAAUAGUAGACUAUUUUAGCAGAUAUAAGGAGGUUGAAGUAAUGGCAAAGAUCGGCUCACGCGAAACCGUCAACAGACUCAACAAGAUAUUCACCCGGUUGGGAUACCCUAGAACGAUUACCCUGGAUAAUGCAAAGCAAUUUAUAGGAAAAGAGUUUGAAGAAUACUGCAAAAUACAUGGUAUUCAUCUUAAUCAUUCAGCGCCGUACUGGCCACAAGAAAAUGGGCUUGUCGAAAGACAGAAUCGGUCACUUUUGAAAAGAUUGCAGAUUAGUAAUGCGUUGAAAAGAGAUUGGAAGAAGGAUUUGAACGAUUAUCUCCUGAUGUAUUACACAACUCCUCAUUCAACCACUGGUAAAACACCUA